AUGCAGUACGAGGAUACCACCCACACUCUGCCCCUUUCCCCCACCAGAUACCACCCACAAUCUGCCCCUUUCCCCCACCAGAUACCACCCACACUCUGCCCCUUUCCCCCACCAGAUACCACCCACACUCUGCCCCUUUCCCCCACCAGAUACCACCCACACUCUGCCCCUUUCCCCCACCAGAUACCACCCACACUCUGCCCCUUUCCCCCACCAGAUACCACCCACACUCUGCCCCUUUCCCCCACCAGAUACCACCCACACUCUGCCCCUUUCCCCCACCAGAUACCACCCACACUCUGCCCCUUUCCCCCACCAGAUACCACCCACACUCUGCCCCUUUCCCCCACCAGAUACCACCCACAAUCUGCCCCUUUCCCCCACCAGAUACCACCCACAAAUGCCCCUUUCCCCCACCAGAUACCACCCACACUCUGCCCCUUUCCCCCACCAGAUACCACCCACAAUCUGCCCCUUUCCCCCACCAGAUACCACCCACACUCUGCCCCUUUCCCCCACCAGAUACCACCCACACUCUGCCCCUUUCCCCCACCAGAUACCACCCACAAUCUGCCCCUUUCCCCCACCAGAUACCACCCACACUCUGCCCCUUUCCCCCACCAGAUACCACCCACACUCUGCCCCUUUCCCCCACCAGAUACCACCCACACUCUGCCCCUUUCCCCCACCAGAUACCACCCACACUCUGCCCCUUUCCCCCACCAGAUACCACCCACAAUCUGCCCCUUUCCCCCACCAGAUACCACCCACAAUCUGCCCCUUUCCCCCACCAGAUACCACCCACACUCUGCCCCUUUCCCCCACCAGAUACCACCCACAAUCUGCCCCUUUCCCCCACCAGAUACCACCCACACUCUGCCCCUUUCCCCCACCAGAUACCACCCACACUCUGCCCCUUUCCCCCACCAGAUACCACCCACACUCUGCCCCUUUCCCCCACCAGAUACCACCCACAAUCUGCCCCUUUCCCCCACCAGAUACCACCCACAAUCUGCCCCUUUCCCCCACCAGAUACCACCCACACUCUGCCCCUUUCCCCCACCAGAUACCACCCACACUCUGCCCCUUUCCCCCACCAGAUACCACCCACAAUCUGCCCCUUUCCCCCACCAGAUACCACCCACACUCUGCCCCUUUCCCCCACCAGAUACCACCCACACUCUGCCCCUUUCCCCCACCAGAUACCACCCACAAUCUGCCCCUUUCCCCCACCAGAUACCACCCACACUCUGCCCCUUUCCCCCACCAGAUACCACCCACAAUCUGCCCCUUUCCCCCACCAGAUACCACCCACACUCUGCCCCCUGA